ACAACGGAAUUAUUCAUUUUUACAUCAACUUUUUAUCUAUUUUUGUGUGCAGCAAUGCCAGUUGUUCAAAGAUGUGUAAAGGGGCCUAUGUGGUUACAUUUCCUCAUUGGUGCUCCACCUGUAAUAGUCUUUUCUUCAGCUUGUGCAGGGUUGGCAGGUGGUGCCAUUCCAGCACUAGCGCAACUUGUCUCUUCAGUUUAUCAUGCUGAAAUCUCGCCAUCGUUGCCUACACCCAGACAGGAUGAUAAGAUGCACACAUCGAGAACCUCUACUCUGUAAAUCCUUCUCUUCAUGCAGAACUUUUCAAAAAAUGAUUCUCCUCCAACCCCUCCCACCCGGACGAUUUUAAAUGGACCACUCGGGUUAUUGUAUAUUGUAGAACUUUCAACGAUGAGGUAAAUACUCCUUUUAUCUGCCAAAAAAAAAAAGAUAAUGAUUUAUUGAGGGAUCACGGAACAGAUGGUCCCUGUAUUUUUGCUUGAUAAAAACCCAAUCCUUGUUGAUUGUACCAAA